AUGACUACUCCGACUACUGUUAGCCACCAGGCCCUUGCCAGGGAAAUUCUAUUUAAGCUUCUCAAAACUCGCUACGACCCAGGAAGCCUUCGAAUUACCGCCUUGCUCGGCUAUGGCCUUUCCCCCAUUUCCAUCUCAACUACCGAGUAUCUUCAAUCCUUCCAUAGCAGUUCCGGCGCUCUUACCACGCCAAACUCUGAUGAGACAGGAGAUCUCCGUGAAGCCAUUCUGUGCGGAUUUCCCGAUGCAGAAGAUCUGCCAACUUCUAAGCCGAUGCGCCAAGGUCCGGCAGAGUUUGGCAGUGGCCGCGAUAUCCAGUGGGGUCUCGCAAAGGCAUGGGAUGAUGAAUUAGCCAAGGACCUCGCGCCGUGGCACUUGUUUGACCCUGCUGCCCUGGAGAUUCGGACUCCCGAGCAGCUAGAAGAAGCUCGCAAGGAAGUGGAGAUGACGCUGGGAAAGCACCUCGAUAGUUGGAGAUUCUAG